AUGACUACAACUGAAGGAAUUGAUCUAGACCGAAUGAAUAUAGACACUAAAGAUACAAAUAAUUUACAAAAUCACGAUAUAAGCAAUAACAUUAAUAAUAAUAACCAAGAUGUACCUGAAGAAGAUAAAAUGCAUAUAGAUAGAUCUUUAUCAAAUUUAAAUCAACAUAGUCAACAACAACAAGCACAACAAGCACAAUCAUCUUCAAAUCAAAAUGAAAGAAAUGGACAAGAUAAAGAUCAACAACAAUUACAACAACAUCAACAACAACAAGCUAAUAUACAACCACAUCAAACGCAACAACAGCAGCAACAACAAGUACAACAACAACAACAAAUACAGCAAAAUCAAAUAAAUCAAAAUCAACCUCCUCCUCCUCCACCAGAAGCAUUUACAGUACCAGUUGAUAUAAAAUGGGUACAAGGUGGUGAAAAAGUAUAUGUUACUGGUUCUUUUACAAAUUGGAGGAAAAUGAUUGGAUUAAUUAAGCAACCAGAUGGUAAUUAUCAAAUUACUUUAGGUUUACCAGUUGGAACUCAUAGAUUUAGAUUUGUUGUAGAUAAUGAAUUAAGAUUUUCAGAUUUUUUGCCAACAGCAACUGAUCAAAUGGGGAAUUUUGUUAAUUAUAUAGAAAUUACUCCAGAAAAUGUUGAACAUCAUUUAGAAGAACAAAAUAAAUUACAACAACAACAACAACAACAAACAAAAGAAGAAUCAACUAUUGAAGAUUCACAAAAAGAUAAUAAUGAAAAUAAUAAUUCAAAAAGUGGAUUUUCAAGUAGAAGAUCAUCAACUUCAAGAUCAAGAACAGAUUCAAUGUGGAGAUUAACUAAUGAUGAUGAUGAUAUGGGUAAUGGAUAUUCAAGAUAUCAUGAUUCAGAAGAAAAUGAUGGAUUAUAUAAAAAUUAUGAAUAUAUUAAUGAUAUACCACCAAUUUUUACAGAUCCAAAAGUAAUGGAACAAUAUUAUGUUGCAAUAGAUAAACAAUCAAGAUCAAAUAAUGGUCAACAACAAGCUUGGUUACAUCCACCUCAAUUACCUCCUCAUUUAGAAAGUGUUAUAUUAAAUAAUUUUAAUAGUAAUGAAAAUAAUUCUGGUGCUAUUCCAAUACCAAAUCAUGUUGUUUUAAAUCAUUUAGCUACUACUUCAAUAAAACAUAAUACUUUAGCUGUUGCUUCAAUAGUUAGAUAUAAAAGAAAAUAUGUAACUCAAGUUUUGUAUGCUCCAUUAUAA